GGAAGACGUUUACAACAAACAGACUCGGGAGCAAUUCCAACCCAUUUCCCUCUGAAACAAAGGCAUUUGAAAGAUGCUGGACCCUUUAGCUCUCAAGCUCGAACUGCUCAAAGGCCCACGUGAGGGAGAAACCCUAGAGUACCGACCCAGAUCCAAGGUCCGAAUCGGCCGGGUCGUCCGCGGCAACAACCUCGCCAUCAGAGACUCCGGCAUUUCCACCAACCACCUCAUCAUCGAAUUCGAAUCGGGUAAAUGGAUGAUCCGAGACCUCGGCUCCUCCAACGGAACCAUCGUAAACGACACCAAGCUCAAGCCGGACACGCCGUUGGAGCUGAACGACGGCGACGAGAUAAAGAUCGGGGAGUACACGUCGAUCUCCGUCAAGAUCGACGGCCACGAACGGAGCCGGUUGAGAAGGAAUCCGAGGCGCGGCGCGGUUGUGGAGAAUCAGGGCCUGAGAUGUAGGAAGGAAGAGAAUUCUGAAUUGGAGAGAGAGGGAGGAGAGGAAAUUGAGGUGGUAGAGAAGCCGAAGAGGGGCCGGGGCCGCGGCCGGCCGAGGAAAGCUAGGGUUUUGAAGAGUGAGGUUGCUGUGUCGGAAGUGAGUUCCAGAGAUGUGGAAGCUGUGGUUCCGGAUUUGGAGACUUGCAGUGUACAGUGUGGGGGGAGGAAGAGGAAGAAUGUGCAACAAGUGCCGCUGAUGUGUGAGAAAGAUAAUGUUGUGGUGGCGGAGAAAGAUUCGGGAGAAAUUGGUCCCGUUGGUGUUAAUGGCGAUAAAGGGGAUGACUGUAAUGUUGGAGUGGGUGGCGAUAAGGUUGAAAGUGGUAGUAGGAGCUGUUUUGGUGUUAGUGGUGCUAAGAAUGUUGAUAAAAAGGGGAAUGGUUCUGGUGUUAAACAAGGUUUGGGAAAGAUUUGGCAGGAGCCAGAUUUGGAGAAGAUGACUUUGGAUGAUUGGUUUGAUUAUGUGCAAGUUUCUUUGCCGAAAGGGGUUAAUGAUGAGAUUGACAAGAUUUGUGCCGGAAUGAGAGACAAGGCUAAGCUAGUCCAGGAGUAUAUAGCACAACACAACAAGGAAAAGUGUCACAGUUAACACAAGGAGUGCCUUGUGUUAUGUGGUAGCAUCAAACGCAGCCAUCAAAAUCAACAGCAGUGAAAGAAUCUGAAUUCAUGAUUGAUCUAUUUGAUCGGUAUCUUGAAGAGAUGAUUAAUUUCUUUUGUCCCAGGGGUCCAUUCAGAUGCAAUUGCCAUGACUGAAACAGAAAGAGGAAGACUUUGAGAAAUACAAAGGUCUGGAAGAUUUGGAAUUUAUAUAAAGGGUUCAAACCGAGUCUUCUCUGACCUGUAUCUUUGGUUUAAUUUGGUUUGUUAGAUAAGUUGCUGGAAUUGAUGCAGAGACAAUGAGUUUGGGUACAAGUACAAUGGCCGGCAGUGACUAAAUUGUGUCUUGCAACUUGCAAGGUAUGCUAAUCAAUUUUCAAGUAACAUAAUAGUUGCUAGGGGAAGAGGGAGAGGGAGAGACUUGGCUGGAUAUAUGCUAAGUGAUAGGGGCUUAUUUAAGCUUCAAAUCCUGGGACUUAGAGGUUGCUGAUUACUUCAUGAAGCCACUAGCAAUCUAGAAACUUUGAUAUUUUUCUCCCAGACCCUUAGAAGCAAGGAGAACUGUUUUGAGUUCUAGUCCCGUAUUUGAGGAAGUUUGGUGCAAUGUUCAGAAACUUGCGCUGAGAGUUUAGGGUGAUAUAAGAAGAUUAUAAGCCAAAGAGCGUACCAGUUCUGCCAUGGAUAUGAACCCCAAUUGACGUCAACGCCUUGGAAAAAAAACCCCUCUAUUCUGCCUUGACCUGACCCCAGGUCGGUCUGAAAGACCCCAAAACAAAACCAAAAAA